AUGGCAUACAGCAAGGGUCUAUUUGGUGUUGCAGCCUCCAUCCUGCUACUAGCUUCAUGGAUGAAGAAAAAAGAUGAAAACAAUGGAAGUAGUGACCACCCAGGUGGGCUACAUACGGCUACCCCAUAUAAGGACUUCAAGGCACCACUACCACUUGUCCCUUCUCUGGGAUAUGUGCUGUCUUGGGUCCCACUUGAAUGA